AUGCAGACUGCACAUUUCACUACUCAAAUGCAUUCAGAUUCCGAAAACUUUUGUGAAAUCAAACAAAUUUAUUAUAAACUUAUUCAAUUUCAAUCGGAUAUUGUCGAUAAUGUUUUUCAAUUGAAUAUUAUUGAACGAAAAAAUCUUUGGUCAAGUAUUUUAGAUUUAUGGAUCAAAUUAACAAAGAACAUUUCGAAUGUCACAUCACAUAAUGAACAUCUUUUCAAUGAUUCUUUCAAUAUUAUUCACACUUUAUCUCAACAAUUAGUCGAAUCCAAAUCAAUUUUGGAUAAAAAUGAUCGAGAAAUUGUGCAAAAAACCUGUUUAUCAUGUUUAAAAAUGUUAAAUUCAGUUCCAAUGAAUGAUUUCCUAUGUAAACAUCAUCACAUAUCUCAUCAAUCAAUUUUAGAAUUAAAUAUUUCUCUAAUUAUGACAUCGUUUAGUGAAAUAACUUUUCAUCUUCUUCCAAAUGAUAUUCAUAUUUUUGAAGAAUAUCUUCAAAUAUUAGUUCAAUUAACGAAAUAUAUGGAACGAAAAAUAACAUCAAAUGAACACCAUAUCAAAUCUAUUGUUGAACGUCUUUUGCAUUUUUUUUGGAAUCUAAGUGAUCGAAUCUAUUUUCUUUCAAUUUUAAUUAAAAUUAAUCUUCCAGAAAAUGUCCUUCGUUGGUUAUCGUAUUCAAAUUCUCAUUUUCUUUCAUUAAUUUCAAUAAUUCAUAAUUUAUCACGACAUGACAUUGGUGUAGAUCAACUAAAUCAACAUAAUGCCAUUGAAAUUAUUAAAACAUUUCAACAAAAACAUCAUUUCGAAAAAACUAAAGAAAUUGAAUUAUUAAUUUCAAUGAUUUUAGCUGAACUUUCCUCACCUGAACAAUUGAAAUGUGAUGAAAAGAUUAGAAAUAAUGUUUUAAAUGAACUGUUACAACGAACAAUCAAUGCUGCAAAUAAUGAGAACUUUUUAGAUCAAACUGGUUUUCAUAUCAGUGAAUUUUUAGCUGUUAUGGUCAAAUUAUUCGUUGUUGAAGAAAAUACACUCGAUUAUAUUUUAUGUCAUGCAGAAACUCAUCCUCCAUCUAAUACUUCAUCAACUAUUCAAUUAUUUAUUUCACUUUUCAAAUCAUUUUGUCAAAUAUCAGAUGAAAAUAAUCAUCUCGAACAAUUUACUUUAAUUACAAUUAUUAAUAUUCUUUGGAGUAUUUCAUUUCAGAAAAAAUAUUUACAAUUAUUGAUUAAUGAUCACAAAGAAAUAAAAAAUAUUUUGGAAAAUCUUAUUGAAAAUCAAAAUAUCGAUAUUAUUGAUCGAUACAAACCACGAUCAAUUGAAGGAAUACGUGUUGCUGCUCAAGGAAUUAUUCAUAAUACUCAACAAUAUUCUCAAAAUCAACACAUUUCUAUUCAUUCACUCUCAUCACAACAACAACAGACAUCACCAACGAAAAUUGAAAAACCAUUGGUAAUGAUCAGUUAUUCUCAUCAUGAUAAAGUAUUUUGUGACAAACUUGUUGAUACUUUAUCAAAUAAACAAAAUUUGUUUGAUUUUUGGAUCGAUCGAAAUCAUAGUCGAAUAGCUGGUGAUCUUUGGGAAUUAAUUGCAUCGGGAAUUGAACAUGCCAAUGUUAUUCUUUGUAUCAUUUCUGAUUAUUAUUUUCAAAGUAAAUCAUGUCGUCAUGAACUGAUCUAUGCAACAGAUUCACUUCAUAAAAUAAUUAUUCCUGUUAUUUUAGAAGAUUUUAAACCAAAAGGAUGGUUAGGAAUUCGAAUUCCUGGAAUGAAAUAUGUUCGAUUUCAUACGAUUAAACAAUUAGAUGAAGAAAUUAUAACGGAUUUAUUAGAAACAAUUCUUUCUACUCUUCCAUCAACAGAAUCUUCUGAUGAGAAGAUUUCUCAUUUAAAUAAUCAAUUAUCAACAAAAGAUGAGAUUGAUAAAUGGUUUUUACAUCAUCAUAUUUCAAUACAAUUACGAGAUCUUUAUGAUUUUCAAACAGAAGAAGAAAUUAUUCAAUAUGGAAAAGAUUUGAUUGAAAAUUAUGAUAAACAUUGGCAAAUCUAUUCGAAUGCAUAUAUGAAAAAAUUCAAUGGUGGACAAUUACUUCCACAUGAAUUUCAACGUUUUUCUCAAGCAAUUCAACAAUUAAUCGAUAAUAAGAAAAUUAACUGA